AUGACGAUGAGAUGUCUUUGUCUUUCAGCAGUGGCGGCGUUGGUUCUUGCCGGCAAGACUAGUGCCUUUGUACCACUUGCUACCAGCAGUAGUUUAUCUCAAGGGAAGAUUCUACCAUCCAAUUCAGCUCUUCAAGAAGGCUCAGAAGGCUCAGAAUCAGAAGAUAAGGAAAAGACUGAAGUAACACCAAUAAUUCUGGAUGCGUUUCCAGAAGCAGCAGAUCCCCUGUAUCCCAGUACGGGUCCCAUUGGUGAGGGUGAUUUUGUGAUUAGUCGAGAAGGAGGUCCCACCAGGGAAGAAUUGGCCAAUGAGAAUAUUCUGCGCAUUGUCAAGAGCGAAUGCACGGAUUUGGAAGUCAACACUCUUGUAUGGAAGGGACUGGGAUAUCGAUUCAAUACACUCUCGUCAGAGUGGGAAUCCACGGAAUGCUUCCCCAAAUGGAAAGAAAAAUAUCCCACACCUCCCGAUCUCAUUGGCAUGCAACGCAUGUAUUCUAGAGAAAUUGAUCAAAUCAGUCUACGAUCCAAUCAGGCAUUGGUCAAAUCUGUACCGGUAGACAAUAAACAAAGUCUCAAGGAACACAUGAAACCAUUGGGGUGGAAGGGAUUUCAGUACAAGGAACUGACGCCCAAUUUGACUCGCAGGGCACAAUGUGCCAAUUGGUUGGUCUUUUAUAGAGAGGAACUAUUCGGAUACACCAUUGAAGAACUUCGAGAAAAACGACAAAAGAAAAAGGAAGCAGAGCAAGCCAAAAAGAUGGCGGAAGGAACCCAGGAUGAAUGGUCACCGCCGGUCAAGGAGGUAUACUAAUUACCGGUAGACUACUAUACU